AUGGCAGAAUUCUACCAUAAACAAUAUUAUAGCCUAAUUAAAAGCCUGGAAACUCUAGUUCCUGGACAACAAUUAGCCCGUCACGAGUGGGUAACACUUAAUCGCCUAUGUACAGGAUAUGGUCACUCCGGAGAGAUGCUACAUAAAUGGAAAAUGAGAGAUAGUCCAGGCUGUGACUUUGGCCACUCAUUACAGUCCCAUGUUAUAAGUGAUUGCCCUCCCUUUAACGGGACAGUGGAAGAACUCCACAACGCAACGACAACGCGAUCAAAUGGAUAA